AUGGGGCCAAAGCUCUCCAGAGAUGACGAAAUGCCCGGCCCGAGCGAGUCCGCGCCCCACGGCGGCAAAGUCCACGGCGUGGUAGUCCGCAAGCUGAACGGCACAGAGGUCUUGCGACAGGAGCUCCCGCACGAAGCCACCCUCCUCAGUCUGAAGCAAGCCCUGGGGGCAGAGGUGGGUCUUCCUGCAGCGGCCGUGAAGCUCCUGAACGGGAGUGAACCCCUGCAACCAGAUCAUGCGCUGAUCGGUGACCUCCUUCAGGGAGACGCCGAGCUGACCCUGGUGCAGCUUCAGAUCCGGCGCGUGUAUUUCGAGAGUUUGGCGUGGCGGGGUGGUCACCAGCUUGACGGCAUCGCCGGCUUGUCCUCAAACGCGGAACCAGGCAGCCUCCUCACCAACCAGAAGGACAAGUCCCCCUGGCUCCUGCACCUGCUACCCGAGGGAGGCAUCAAGUUCGAGUCUGAAAAGGAGCCGGGCCACUUCAUCUGCAACGCCGAUGGACACGGAAGGCUCCGUCGAGGUAAUGGCACGCAGGAGGCAUUCCGGGAGCUUCCAGCACUGAACGGCGAAGAGGACGCAGUGACGUUGGAGAGUCUUGGCCAACCUGGCGCCUACCUUUGUCACUGCAAUGGCCGCAUCUUCUGCCACUCACUCACCACCCGCAUGCAGCUGUCGGAUCGGGUCUUCAACAACGAUGCGAGCUGGCGACUGGUGGACUGCGACUGA